AUGGACGGGAAGUCUGUCGGAAGCCCGAGCACGUCGGCUACGCAUGUGGCACGUACCGACUGCCCCCAUCUGACGGACCCAGAGAGGAAGGCGCUCGAACGACUGUCAACAGUCAUACUGGUUAUCGUCACGGUCGAUCAAAAAAAACGUAAGGAACCAGUAGACGCAGUGCGUCCUACUGAUAAUGCGGUCACGUGUGUCUACAACGGACACGCGGUAUUGAGGACUGCAGCCACCAGAUACCUUGUCAUCUUAAAGGCCAAGUCAAUGACGAAGAGAGCGGACUCUCUUCGGGUGUUGGUGGACUUUGGAGAGUUGAACAACUUUGUUCUACAGCAAUGUCUACCAUUAUUGGACUUCGAGGAGAAGCAUGUGCCUCGAAGUCAGUUAGAAGUGUUUGUGGAAGAAUUUCUUGUCCUGGACUUGGACGAUAAGUUCGACAUGGUGUUGGGUAUCUCGUGGCUUGCGCGGCAUGAUCCUAUUAUCGACUAG